UUCCCAUGGUGGAAGCCGCCUCGAAAAUGUCCCUCAAAUGUCGAUUAUUCUCUGAAUAUACCCGUCAACAGCUCUUCCGAGGUUCACCAGCAUGUAGAUUACACAUUUUCUCGACGUAUUAUGCUGAGUCUAAGGCAGUAGCAGAAGAUGAGGAAUUCCGGACCCUGGAGCUGGGGGGGAGAAAAACUCAGCGUCGGGCCCAGAGGAUACAACGGGAAAUACCGACGCUACCCCCAAGGUACAAACGCCAGGCAACUGACCAAGACUGGGGGAAUGUUUGGCCAGCAGCCCGGUCCUUCCAUCCCGCCACCGUACCCCUGCCUGUACGCCAGGGCUACCCGGCGAAGAGCCAGGCUUCUCCCGACAAGUGGGGCAACGCGGAGCUCAUGAAGAUCCCCAACUUCCUCCACCUCACACCCCCUGUUAUUGAGAGGCAGUGUGAGGCUCUCAAGAAAUUCUGCACCCCCUGGCCAAGUGGCCUCGAAAACACCGAGAAGCAAGAGAAGCACUUCCCUGUGACAAUAGCCAAGAGCUCGUACCUUCACUCGUCCCCCAGCAUACGCGACCCUAAGUCCAGAAUCGUAACCCUGAAGGUUCACUUCCGAAGUCUUGACCUGGACACACACGCGCGGGACAAGCUGCUGCGUCUGGUGGGCGACCGCUAUGACCCUGCAACUGACUGCCUAACCCUGGUGGCUGACAGGUGCCCACUUUCUCAGCAGAACAGAGACUAUUGUCAUUACCUUCUGACAGUCUUGUACAAUGAAGCUUUGAAAACAGAGCCAUGGGAACAUGAGAAGGAAGUGAUUGACAACGAGCGCUACGUGUGGCAAGGCAGUCCCUCGGAGGCAGCACUCAAGGUUAUUUCAGCAGCCAAGGGAGAGGCAGUGCCAGAAGCAGAUGUUGAGAAGUACAGAGAUGCCGUAGCAGAGUUGCAUAAUGAGGGGGAGGAUGAAACAACAUUAGCCAAAUAUCGAGAAGCAGUGAUGAAGGUUGCUGGCUUAGCAUAAGGGCAUUUGAAUUCCCCAAAGUUAGUUGUCAAAAACAGUUCAUUCAUAGAAGUCAGAAGUUGUUACCGAACAAUGUAAAACCUGUGUACAGUAAAACGUGUAUAUUUUGUUAUUUGUAAAUAGAUUUUCUUUUCUUUCCCUCCCCCCUUUCAGUUAUAAGGGUUGGUUUGUUGAACUUUUAUAAUGAAAUACAAGAAAUAAAUUAGU